CCGUCGUCUUCUGCCUCUCGUUGCCGUCUCCUUCAGCCCGACUCGCCUGCAGUUCCAUCCCUUCCGGCGUUCAGCUAAAGUAAUAAGAUGUCGCUGCGGCGUUUCUUGGGAUUUUCCGAUGGUGAGCUGAUGAGGUCUGAUGCAAAACCUUGCUCCAGGUUGAUGAGACACACUGCAGGGAUAUACAGUGUUGGUGGAGCCUUAGGAUUUUGGGUCCUUUGCCGAUUGCACUAUGGCCCUCGAAUUACAAUUCCCAGGAGUCUUCGUUGGGCAGCCUGUGGUGCUGUAACUACAAGCGCAAGCACAGCUUUGCUGGUUCGCUUAUUUAGUCCCGAGUGUGAACCCCAGAAUAUCGCUGCUUAUGACAACAAAAAGUAGUACUGGCUGUCCCUCUCUCUCUUAUUACAUAGAAAGCAGAAAAAAAUUAUCUAUUUUGGAUGCUUUAAUGAUGGACUAGCAAGAGUGAAUCACACCACACCAGUAACUCUUUUAGCAUCUACUUAGUGGAUCAGGUUACCGUUGUAUUGCAUUUGUAAGUUUUUAUCGUAUGCCCUUUGAAUUUUAUCGUAUAACCAAUGGUCACAUCAUAACAUCACAAGGAGUAAAUUAAGCUAGUUACUUACCAUGUCUAAUAAUCUUUUUACUCAAAACUAACACUUAAGAUAUUCGAUUAUAUGCUGACUAUCAAAAUCAUGAAGAAAGUCAGCAAUUUCCUUUUUGGUCUGAUUAUAUGC